GUUCCAGCUGCCACCGCCGGCCCAGCGCCGAGCCCUGCCUCCAGUGCCGCUGCCGCCGCGGGCCGCGCUGGAGCUGGAGAGCCGGAAUCCGCACCGCCUGGCUGCGUCACACAGCUCUGCCGACCACCAGAAUGGGCGUGAAGUCUGUGACGGUGCUGCAGCGGGCAGCGCGGGCCUUGGGGCGCAUCGUGGGCGCGACGGCGGCGCUGCUGGUGGGGAGGCGCGGCCCCGACUCCCUGCAGGGACAAGUCGCGCUGGUGACCGGCGCAGGCAGCAGCCUGGGUAGGGAGUUGGCGGCGUACCUGGCGCUCUGCGGCUGCCACCUCAUCUGCGUAGACGACGACAUCGACGCCGCCACAGUCACCGCUGACGUCAUCAAUGCUAAGGUUGGUCCGGGCGCGGCGGAGGCGCUCGCGUGCGACGGCGGGGACCGGCAGCAGGUGCUGCAGCUGUCGCGGGCCGUCCUCGCGCGCCACCACGCCGUCCACGUGCUCGUGCUGGCGGCCCCACCGCGGCGCGGCGCGGACGCAUACGACCAGCUCGCCGCGCAGUUCUGGGUGGCCCUGGGUUUGGUGCCCGCUAUGGCGGCGAGGGGCGACGGCCGCGUGCUGGCCGUCUGCAGAGAGGGCUGCCCUGGGGACGCGCCGUCCGUGCACAGCGUCGCCACCAACGGUUUGGUAGAAGCGCUAUCUGAACAGCUGAAGGGCACCGGAGUGAGUUUGACCUGCGCCUAUCAGUACCACUUCUCCAACAGCAGACUGCCUCUCUCAAUUCCCGAGCUGGGUGACGAACAGGUUGCGUCAGAGAUGGUGGCAGCACUGCGCCGUCGCCAGAGCCGCGUGGUUCUCCCCACGAGGCCUCUCUUCUGGAACAGUGUCCUGCGGUCGCUGCACCUUGUCGCCGACACGAGCCUUCACGACGCCCUCUGCCUGGAUACGCCUGCACCUGUGACAUCUGCAGCUCCUGCUGGUAACGUGGCGAAGUCCUGACGUCGGAGGAACAAACAGCGAACUUGCCUUCGCUGGGUCUUCACCCGACAGCUACGUUGAGCUGCUUACAGGAGUCGGACAAUCGGAAUCAGCGCCUCUCACUGCGCUGAAAAGAACCGAAGCGUGUUCACAGCCGCAGUGUUGGACGUUCCGUACACAGAUUCUGUUGUAGACUUUGAUGGCUCCAGUCUUUAGUAAAUUCUACGCAUGUAAUUUACCCGACGCAACGAAAACACAAGUGUUACAGUAUUAAAAGUGUUACCAGGGCCUGUUAAUGCUAUUAUGCACAUUUCAUUGAAGUACGUUAGCGCUAUUUGCCAGUGUGACGUCAUGCGUUGUCUCAUUACGUUUGGUUCUGUAAAACGACCUUACGUACCAGAAUACUUCGUCCGAUAAUGUACAGCUGAGGAUGACAUGGCAUCGGUUGUCAGUCGCGUCACAGGUUUUUUUUUUUACGAUUGCUCUCUCCUCUCUUCAGUCUUUAAUUUUUUUCUCAGAGGCGAACACGUACGAUAACCUUAGUGCACGUAGCCCCCUCGACAUUCAAAGACACAUUAAUACAACAUAAUCUGGAAAAACACACAGGAUUCCUACUGUCGUCUUUUAAUUGAUUUGAUCUUUCAUCAAAUGGUCUUCCAAGUUUUCUGCAUCCACGAGUUUUAUUUUAUGCCCACCACCCUCCAAAUAUACGUUUCAAGGUCCGUCCGACUACAAAAAAUCCCACAAAAGAGCAUGUAAGUCUUUCCCUACCGCCUUACGGCUUUAGAAGCAAGCAACUAUCACUGUCUCACUGGUGUACUAGCCAGAGUUCUUGGUUCUGACCCAUAGUAUUCACUAUCCCAAUGGAAGCCUGAAUUUUUUCUCAGUUGGAAUGAUUUGAAACAAGAUACACUCAACUUUCGUGCUGCGAUCUGAGUGAGUUAAAUGAAGAAGCAGUCGAUUAGAGUUAACGGACCCCACGAUCUUUCCGCAUGACUUCAGUGAUACUGCAGAGAAUAUUGAUUUUCAGAUCAUUUUCAUCAUGAUUGAUAA